AGAUAGUGAGGUGAGGUGAGCAAGUGAUGAUUAAAUCUACCGAAGCACCUACCCUCGUACUUCAAGCUAUCGAUCGUUCCGGCCGGUCAUAUCUGAUCCAGCCCCUCCAAGCUGGCAGACCUAGGAGUUGAUGAGUUUGUAGCAUCACACAACUAGCUACUUUCUCUUUCAGAAAAGCGGCAGCUUCAACACAGUCCGACCAAAUGUGUCAAGACUAUAUGUGCUCUUAUCAUACAUGCCCUCCCUCGAGCUAAGAUGUCAGCUCCUCUUCCCCAGUAGCCACCCUCUCCGAUUCUAUUUGGAGAGAGCAACCGUCGAUAGCAACCCGAUGUAGCAGCACCUCCUCCCCUCCUCGAAUGGGACAACAGCAGGUUCCUUGUAACCUCCUCAGUCAAUCUCGACGUCGAUAUCCAGAUCCAGCGCCCCAAUAAUCUCAUCGUCCAUGAGGGGCUUAUGAAUGACGGGUAUGCGCGCCUUGUCCUGGCUGCGCUGCAGCUCCUGCAGCUUGACAAUAUGCGGCAGCACCGUCUUGUUAGGCGUGCCGUUGCCAUUACCAUUCCCAUUAGCAGUGACCGCCGGCGUGCUGGUGCCGCUCGCAGCCCCGUCGCCCUGUUGUUUCUGUUGUUGUUGUUGUUGUUGAGGCUGCUCGCUCCCCGGCCGGGAAGAGGAGGCCAGGCGCAUCUCGAUCUCACGGGCGCGGGCGCGCUCCGCCAGCUGGGCCUUGCGGACGUUUUCUGCGUUCUUGCGGCGAUUCUCAGCAUUCAACAGUGCGAGCUUCUCCUGCUGGGUCGGGCCUCGGUUCUCGGACGCCUUUUUCUUGGCCGAGUUGAGCGAGGUGCGGAAGGCGAGGCGCGGGAUCUCGAGGUUGUCGAGCUUUUCUUGCAGGCGGGCGGCGGCCUCCUCGUCGCCGCGGGCGCGCGCCAUGUCGAGCUGCUUGGUCAGCUGGUCGCGCUCGACGCCGCUGUACUUGAUAUGCAGCGCGUUCUGGCGCUUGAGCUUCUCGGAGAGUUCCUGCUCGGUCCAGGUGCGGUUGAUCAGGCUGUUGAUGUCCCCGAUCUUGUUGACCAGCUCGGGCUUGGUGGGUAUGGGCACGCCCUCGGACAGGCACACUUGCUUGUAACGGUUCCAUUCUGCAUCGGUGAAGCCGCGGUCGGAGCAGGUGAUGAAUGGCCAUUCCCUCUGCGCCUUGCCAUGGGCGGCUUUGACGUAGAGGUCCACAACGAUUUGGUGCCCGGUGCGAUCAGUGAUAGCGUAGGGACGACCUUGGUUGAAACCUGAACAAUGUCAGCUACGUGAUUGUGCAGGGGGGACCCUCAAACUCGGUUUACCCUUGAUAACAGCCAUGCGAUAGACGUCCUGCCGAGUUGUCGGGUCGGGACCGAUGUUGAUGCGGACAUAGCAGCCGGUGAUGGCUUUCUCGAAGCCAGGAUAAA